AUGAGCCGGAAUGACAGCAUCGGACGUCGUAGCAAAGAUGGAGGCUUCAGCUUUGUGAGCUUCGUAAAAAAGGGAUUUGUUCUUGCAGCACAAAACCCUACCCUAGCGAACACCUCUAGAGAAGAUCAGAACACAGUCAAACCUGGUAUAUACGACCAAACCGCCGACAAUGGUCCAGCAAUGGCUUCACCGUCGAGUUCAAAGAUGCAAGAAUCCAAUACAUCCAGAUCCACUUCAUACAACGAUAACAUAGAUCCAAGGGAGGAUGGAAACAUAGUUUCGCGCAGCAGAUCUUCAAAUUGCCAAAGAGUCUCAACUUCAACUGACCCCAAAGAGAGCACAGCAUUUCAAGUCACACCUGCAGCGUUUGACGAAAGCCACCACUUCCACGGCGCAAGCUUCUCGAAGGAGAUUGCUCAUUAUAAAGAUGGACCUGAGGACUCUGGCGUCAUCGCAUGUGGAAUUUUCCUGAAAUCAUACGAGCCAGAGACCAGAUACUCCUACUCAAAAGACAAGAGUGGACCUCGGAUUGAUUCAUUCUUCGAAUUCUACAUCGGCGACCAUUUCACAACAGUAGAGCAACGCACCAAAGCAGACUUUGAGUACCUGAAUCGGCGAGCUUUGGGAAUCGCGGUUGGAAACGUGCCUGAGAACAUCACUGAAACUGGAGAAACACCAGGCGUCAUUGACCAUGUCACGGGUCAACUCAUGCUGCUUCCACAACUCCUCGAACUUCAUGAAUUUCGAGUCAAGAAGACGUAUAAGAAGGAACUUCUGGCUGAAAACUCGACAUUCAUGAAGCGGCUUGAAGCGACACUGUGGGAUAAAUGGAACGAGGAAAAUAGUAACGCAAUAAGCUCGAAUUCAAAUCCUGGAAGCCAAUCUCGGAUCUUCAGGCAGGAAGCCGAGCACGCAAUGGAACAGCUGUCGGCCGUACAGGCUGACGAUGCCUAG